UGCCUUUUAAUACAGUUUUGUUGGAAGUUUCGCAGCGUGCACAACACCGGUGCGCCUAACAUACCGUAGCAAGCAGGAUCGACCACAGUUUGGUUAGCUUUUUUCAGGAAAGCGUUCUGGAUUGCAGUUUAAAUCCAACUUUUUCGGGUGACCAAACGAACGUUCAACGGUGAAACAGUGCAACAACACGGAAAGGACAUCGUUCCAGAAGUGUAUAACCUCGCAGUGCAGCGUGUGCUUGUGUUACAGUGACAUUUGCGGUGGUUUUGGUUGAGGUGUGCAGAAAGUGUCCGUAAAGAAAAUCACGUUCCACGUGCAAACGGAAAAUCCUUGGGUGGUGUAGCGAACAUUCCGGAACGGAAGAUAACAAAAGCAAACAAACGCACAGUGACAAAAUGAAGUAUAGCAUAGUGUUCGUGGUUGCACUCUUCGGAGCCGCUGUCGCUCAGGAGAGCUUCAAGUGUCCGGACGAUUUCGGCUUCUACCCGCAUCACAGCUCCUGCGACAAGUACUGGAAGUGUGACAACAACGUGGCCGAGCUGAAGACGUGCGGCAACGGUCUCGCGUUCGAUGCGACAGACUCCAAAUACCUGACGGAGAACUGCGACUACCUGCACAACGUGGACUGUGGCGACCGCACCCAGCUAGAACCACCGAUUUCCACACCACACUGCGAGCGUCUGUACGGUAUCUUCGCUGAUGCCGCCAAGUGCGACGUUUUCUGGAACUGCUGGAACGGUGAGGCCUCGCGCUAUCAGUGCUCGCCCGGACUCGCUUACGAUCGCGAAGCUCGUGUCUGUAUGUGGGCCGACCAGGUGCCGGAGUGCAAGAACGAAGAAGUAGCAAAUGGAUUCGCCUGCCCGGCCGCCGGUGAGAUCUCCAAUGCUGGAUCAUUCUCGCGACAUGCACAUCCCGAGGACUGCCGCAAGUACUACAUCUGUCUGGAGGGAGUCGCCCGCGAGUACGGUUGCCCGAUCGGAACCGUCUUCAAGAUCGGUGAUGCUGACGGUACCGGCAACUGUGAAGAUCCCGAGGACGUCCCCGGAUGCGAAGAUUACUACGGUGAUUUGGACUUGAAAAGCAUCCGCAAAAGCGAACUCCUUGCCGGUCUAGCUCUCCAGUCCGGUGGUGCGCCUGCCUCCACCAAAGCUAACGUUAAGUCGAACCGUCCGGCUCCCAAGGACAGCAACUAGAAAUGAGAAGUAAAGAGGGAAAGAGAAAGAGAAAUAGAGAGAGUGAAAGUUGAGGAAAGAAGUCAGAGAACUGGUAGAAGAACUAAACACCGUCAGAAACGAUGAAACGUGGGAGAACAAAAACGAAUAUCAAACAGGAUUAAUUGUUAGGAAUAUCGAUAGCCGUUAUCGGAAAAAAGGGUGCCGGGUGCAGCAUAUCAAACAUGGACGAGAAUGCAGGAAAAGAGAACUGACGUUGAAGAGGCAUUAGAAGGACAACACGUAGCAAAAAAACACACAUUCUUUUGAUAUACUACUACCAUUAGCAAGAGGAAAAUGUGAACACCUUAGAAAAAUUCCAACAAUAACGUCCAAGGAAGACACACUCAAAUCGGAACAAAUCACUCAAAGACAAGCACGAAACAUUCAGAUUCAAAGCCAGAAGAGUUAAGGGUUAUACCUUUUUCCUUACAAUAAGAAUUGUUGAACGAAAAAUAGGAGUGUUUGUGUUACCUAAAACAUGGACCAAACAGGACGAAUUCCAAUCCCUUUUUUCGAACUCCAAUUUCUACAUUCACUUCAACGCACCUAUCACAGCCAAACUCAGAAUGUUUUGUUGAGUUUUGCUCGUGAUCUGUCGGUGGCCGCUAGAGAAGCAGAUGAAGUUCGCUUCAUAUGAUUUACCCAGGAUACCUCAAAUAUCCUGCUCCAUUCCAUAAUCUUUGUUGCUAAUUUUUUUAUUUAGCAAAAUUUUAUCCAAAUCUUGUGACUUGUGCUUCUAUCUGAAACUUGAACAAUUCUCCACUGGCAGCGUUUUGUUGCUUUACUUAACCUUCAUGAUUACCAUCCACCAAGAACUUAUUGUGUGUACAACAUCAACAACGAAAAAAAGUUAGUUUUUUUU